AUGUCUCUGUUACUGCCUGUCCUUGAAGGGCUGGGUAAUGUGACGUUUAUCAACAACCUGCUGAGCUCGGUCGGCGUGCUCGUGUCACUUGUGCCUGGCUUGCUGCAGAAUCGCAACAGUCCAUUGGGGAUCUUACUAACCCCAGUAACACCCGAUACUGGCGUCACAAGAUACUACAACUUCGAUGUGGCUCGAGGCAUGCUUGCACCGGAAGGCAUACCCAAGCCAAUGCUUCUUAUCCAGGUUACUGUAAAAAGCCCCAUCACUGGACCUGAAGAGGGCACUGCUUUGCAUUGGCACAGACUUUUGCAGAAGAAGACAACUUGGUAUGAUGGUGUGCCGUCAGUGCCUAUGUGCCCAAUCGCACCUGGAGAGAGCUUCGUCUAUCGAUUCCAGGCAGAUCUAUACGACAGCUCCUGGUGGCAUAGCCAUUACUCGGCGCAGUACGCGGGAGGUCUGUUCGGACCCAUGAUCAUCCAUGGACCGACAGAUAACUAUCCAAGCGGCAUCGGUGAAGUCGUCGAUCUUGGUCCUGUUAUCGUCUCGGAUUCGUAUUUCACAGACUACUACACCCUAGUGGAACAGUCGAUGAGUAACAAUGCUCUCGUGGCGGCCCUAGUCACCUCCGGCCACACACUCAUUCAAGGCAAGGGAAAUGUCGACUGCUCGACUGCUCCCGCAGGCUCGAACUGCACGACCAACGCCGGCCUUGCCAAAUUCAACUUCAAGCCUGGCCGAACCCAUCUCCUACGUAUCAUCAACACUUCAGCAGCCGGCUUAAUGGUAGUCAGUCUUGACAACCACAAAAUGACACUCUUCGUUGGCCAACGUACCGACGUUUUAAUUACCGCCGACCAACGCCCUAACGCCUACUGGCUCCGAGUCCGACAACCCACCCUCUGCCCCUACUAUCCCAUCAAACUCGCCCCUCCAGACGUCACCCUCGUCAUCCAGAUCACGCAGGCCAUCAACGCCACAGGCCAUACCCACUACGAAAUGAACGGGCAAACCUUCAGCGCGAAUUACAACUACCCUCUCCUGAACUGCACCUUCAAUGGUAAUACUUCGUACCCGGAUGAUCCACAGUGGAAUGUCUUCAACUUCGGUAGUAACGAGACUGUCCGGAUCAUAUGGCAGAACAACGUUCCCUUCGGACAUCCUAUGCACAUCCAUGGACAGAAUUUGUAUGUGGUGGGCGAGGGCGUCGGGGCGUAUAACGGCGUGAAUGCCGUGAGACCGAGCAAUCCGCAGAGGAGUGAUGUCCAUAGUUUGAGGCCGAACGGAUACCUUGUGACGCAGCUUGUGAGCGAUAAUCCAGGCGUUUGGCCGUUCCAUUGUCAUAUUGCAUGGCAUGUUGGACAGGGCCUGUACAUCAAUGUGAUGCAGAAGCCGGAGAUGAUCCAGCAGGGGCCGGAGACUCCAGGUAUCAUUGCUGAGGCCUGUGACGCAUGGUGGACAUACACCGAGAAUAACAUCCCAGACCAGAUCGACCCCGGGCUGAAGAAGAAUAGGCUGAAGAAGGAUAAGUUCAUAUUGCUGUAG